UAUAAGCACACUUGAUUAUUACCUCCACAUAUAUAAAUACACAUACAUAUAUACACACAUACAUACAUACACAUGCUCUUCUCUUCCCUCUGUUGCUCGCGAGCUUUAGCCUUUGGUUUUUACGGGUAACUCUUUCCGCUUCUUCUCAAACUAUUUGUAUCUGAGAGAGAAAGAGAUAAAAGAGAGAGAUAGAGAGAGAUAAGAGAGAGAUCCAAACCAGAAGCAAUCUUCUCCGUUUGCUUUUUUUUUGUUGUUUUAUCUUCUCUUUCGUGUGAAGAUUCGUAUCUCUUUUCUCCGGCAAACUCACGGCGGCGGCUUGCGUCGUCGAUCCACUCUUCUUCAUCGCUUCUAUGUACGUUUCAUCUUCUUCGGAAGGAGCCGAGAAGUUCGCUUUUGUCCUUUGAAGAAUGUGAUCCGGUCUCUAACAAGGGUAGUGUGAAAGCGUGAAAUCGUUUUGUAUUUGUGUAAUUCAUAUUUCCGGUGGAAAAAAUCGAAAAAGAGAUGAAGAGGGUUAGAGAAGAGGUUUACGUUGAAGCUCCGAUACGAGGACCUACCGUUUCCUCUCGUGGAGAAACAAAUGGUAGGCCUCUAACGAUUGGUGGAGGUGGAGGUGGAGGUGGAGGAGGAACCAUGGGAGGGUUAACAACAGGUGAUGCCCUGUCGUAUCUCAAGGCUGUGAAGAAUAUGUUUCAAGACAAGAGAGAGAAGUAUGAGACUUUCCUUGAUGUCAUGAAGGACUUUAAAGCUCAGAGAGUUGACACUAAUGGAGUCAUAGCGAGGGUAAAAGAGUUGUUCAAGGGCUAUGACGACUUGCUUUUGGGUUUUAAUACCUUUUUGCCCAGAGGGUACAAAAUAACUCUCCCGGAGAAGAAGCCGGUGGAUUUCGAAGAAGCUAUCGAGUUUGUGAACAAGAUCAAGUCACGAUUUGGUGGUGAUGACCGUGCGUAUAAAAGGUUUCUAGACAUCUUGAACAUGUAUAGAAAGGAAAGCAAGUCUAUCACCGAGGUCUAUCAAGAGGUUACUCUGUUGUUCCAGGACCAUGAAGAUCUGCUUAUGGAGUUUGUUCAUUUCUUACCUGAUACUUCAGGAUCAGCUUCUACUCAUUACCCUCUUUCAGGAAGGAAUGUAGUACCGCGUGAUAAAAACUGUCCUGCUUCUGCCAUGCAUCCAAGGCAUUUUGAGAAGGUUUCUCUUAUUUAUCCUUUCUUAAAUUUCGUUCACAAUGUAGACUCUUAUCUGCCGCAGAGAUUAAAAAUACGGAGUAGGCAUGAUGAGUAUCCUGAACACCCUGAUGAUCAACGAGAAGAUGGUGACGAGAACCUUGUGGCUUGCUCUGCUGGUAAUUCUCUGGGAAAAUCACUUGUUAAUCAAGGCCAAUGGCCGGGGUGCCUGAAGGUAGAGGACAACGAGGGGAUUCAUGAUUAUGAAAACAACGGUGGUCAUGAGAGAUAUCCAGAAGCUUUUGGCAGUCAGAAAAAUCUUCUCUCUAACACCAACCAUAUGGCCAAGGCUAUUAAUGAACUGGAUCUUAUUGAGUGUGCACAAUGCACACCAAGUUAUCGUCUCCUGCCAGAUGAUUAUCUCAUUCAGACUCCAAGCUACAGAAACUCACUAGGUGAAAAGGUGCUUAACGAUCAUUGGGUAUCUGUCACAUCGGGGAGUGAGGAUUACUCUUUCAAGCACAUGCGUAAAAACCAGUAUGAAGAAAGCUUGUUUCGAUGUGAGGAUGACAGGUUUGAGUUGGACAUGUUAUUAGAGUCUGUGAAUGCAGCCAUCAAGCAGCUGAACCUAAGAUGCAUUGAGCGGUUAUACGGUGAUUAUGGGCUUGACGUCAUGGAUUUUAUGAAGAAGAACUCCCACGUCGCCUUACCGGUGAUUCUGACUCGCUUGAAGCAGAAACAAGAAGAAUGGGCUAGGUGUCGCUCUGAUUUCAGGAAAGUGUGGGCUGAAGUAUAUGCUAAGAACCAUCACAAAUCUCUAGAUCAUCGUAGCUUUUAUUUCAAGCAGCAGGACUCCAAAAAUUUGAGCACAAAAGGUUUAGUGGCGGAAAUAAAAGAUAUCAGUGAGAGAAAGCAUAAAGAAGACCCGCUUCAUGCGAUUGCUGUUGGAUCUAGGCCUACUUUCACCCCAGAUGUGGAGUUCAUUUAUUCUGAUACACAAGUUCAUACUGACUUAUAUCAACUAAUCAAGUACUACUGCGAAGAAAUUUGUGCUACUGAGCAGUCGGAUAAAGUAAUGAAUCUGUGGGUAACGUUUCUGGAGCCCAUGUUUGGCGUUCCUUCGAGGUCUCAAACUAAUGAGACAAUGGAGGAUGUUGAGAAGUUAGAAGACAACCAAGAGCAGCAUGAUGCAUGUGAGGCAGUGAAGGAGAACGCCUGUGAUGGUUCUCUUGCUUCAGACCUUAAACAGUUAACACCUCCAAGAACACCUAACAAAGAAAACCAAACAAUACGAGGAAGCUCUUUUGCGCAGGAUUUGCCUGUCAACACACAUGAAACCAUUCAGCAAGAUAAACUGAAUGUUGUUGCAGCUAUGACUAAUGAGGAAAGCCAGCCUUCUAAGCUGGUGUCACCCAGAAAUGAGUUGAUAAAAGAGGGUUUAGAGAAUUGUAGUAAGGUUACUGACGUAUCAAAGGUAGAGCGAGAAGAGGGUGAAUUAUCUCCCACCGAAAGUUUUGAGCAAGACAAUUUUGAGGCUUAUAGAGAGAACGGCCUUGCGCCCCUGCAGAAACUGUCUGACAGUGUUAGAAGUAACAAAGACCGAGAACUCAAAGAGGGAGGAUGUUUAACUGAAGCUGGAGAAAGAAGCAAAUCUCCCCCUGAAGAUGAUAGAAACAAAGUUACUCAAAAGUUUCCAGAAGCGAAUGAGAAUGCCUCCAAAGUUAUUGCCUCAGGAAGCAAGUUUGGUGUCCAAGUUUCUUCCGAUGAAGAGCAUAAAGGAGCUAUGAACUGUGACCGUCGUGAUAGUGUGGUUGAGAGUGAAAACGAGGUUAUAGGGAUGAUUACCAAUGAGGGUGAAGAUGGAUCGUUUAUCACAUUUUCAGAACGGUAUCUCAGGCCUGUAAAGCCCCUUGCGAAGCAUGUUCCUGGGGCACUACAAGCUAGUGAAAGCGACUCCCGGAAUGAUUCUCGAGUCUUCUAUGGGAAUGAUUCGUUUUAUGUGCUUUUUCGGCUUCAUCAAAUGUUGUACGAGAGAAUACAAUCUGCAAAGAUACAUUCAGAGAGGAAGUGGAAAGCUCCAGAUCCAGAUAACACAUCUCCUGAUUCUUACACCAGGUUCCUGGAUGCACUCUAUAAUUUACUUGACGGCUCUAGCGAUAAUACAAAGUUUGAAGAUGAGUGCCGAGCUAUUAUUGGAGCACAAUCAUAUGUUCUCUUCACAUUGGACAAGCUGGUACAGAAGUUUGUCAAGCAUCUUCAUGCGGUUGCAGCUGAUGAUACAGACACCAAGCUACUGCAACUGUAUGCAUAUGAGAACUACAGAAAACCGGGAAGGUUCUUUGAUAUUGUGUACCAUGAGAAUGCCAGAGCCCUUCUCCAUGAUCAGAACAUAUACCGGAUUGAAUAUGCAUCUGCUCAAACCCGUCUCUCGAUUCAGCUUAUGAACAGUGGGAACGAUCAGCCUGAAGUUACAGCUGUAACAGUGGAGCCAGGUUUUGCAAAUUAUUUGCAGAAUGACUUUCUUACGCUUGUACCUGAUGAAGAAAAGCCUGGAUUGUUUCUCAAGAGGAAUAAGGCGAAAUUAAGCGGUCCAGAUGAAUCUUCAGGGAUGUCUCGUGCACUUGAAGGAUUGAUAAUUAUCAACGAGGUCGAAUGUAAGAUGGCUUGUAGUUCUUCCAAGGUCAAGUACGAACCAAACACAGCAGAUCUUCUGUAUAGAAGCAAGAAGAAGAAACCUAAACAGAAUCCAAAUGAGAUUGACAAUGCUAAAACUUCUGGAAGCAGUGAAAUCUCGAGAAAGAGAAGAAUAUCGCGUUUUCACAUGAGUCUUAACCGAAGACUUGUUGCCUUGCCUUAAUCGCAUUAUCAAGCUCGUGUGAAGUUCUUGGCUGAGAUAUGCAAGCAUCAGUUUAGUGGUAGAGACUAGAGAGACCAAACUGUGUUUGACAAGAGGAUUCUUGCAUCAUUUGGGUCAAAGAGGUUCACAACCAUACCAUUUCUUUUCCUAAAUUGCGUCUGGAGCCGCCAGUUUUGGUGUAUAGUGUUAGAUUAUAUAUAAUAUCAUAUAUGUAAUGACAAUGCUAAAAUUGGAGAUUUUCAAUUCAUUCAUUCAAACAAAUGUUUAAUUUCCCUUCUAAUUUUAUGUGUCUCCUUCAGUUAAAUCCUCUCAUAUUUUUCUUCAUCUAUUAUAUUGUUUUGCUUCCUAUUAUUUCUUUCUAAACGACUCUGC